UCCCCCUCCACCACCUCCUCCACCUCCCCCAUCUAGAUGCAACCCCCUCAGCUCUCUCAUUGCCAUCAUGAGGAAGACGUCCAAAGGUUCCAAAGCCCCUGUGAAGACGGAGCAGCCUCCAGCUGACGAGGGUGUGGAUGAUGUGAAGGUGAAGGCAGUGAACGAGAUGAUGGAGAGAAUUAAACAUGGUGUCAUCCUGAGGCCUGUCAAAAGCCAAAACAAAGAAAACAAGCGGUCAGCAGUAAAACAGCCUCCAUCAUCAGAGGAGAAACCACAUGAGAGCGCAAUGGAAGAACUGAAAGGCAUUCUGGACACUGUGAAAAAGAGCCCGAGCCGAGGCUCUCAGGAUUCAGGCUCCUCACUGCCAGGGAAGAAGGACAGCGAGCUGGAGGUCAUCCUGAGACGCCGGCGCAACAAGGCAGGAGAGGCCGGUUCUGGAGAUGAUGGUCAGCUGAGUCAUGUGUCCUCCACUGAUAGCCUUAAUGGACAGCGAACCAGCAGCGACUCCGGCAAGGAGGCAGAAGGGCCAGGAUCACUCAAUGCCCCCUCAGACUCAUCGGGGCCAAAGGUCAACCUAGAGAGACGUAGCUCUGGCCCUGGACCCAUCGUGCCAAGGAGGAAGAGCUCAGAUACGGGCCAGACCUCCAGAGUGGGCUCCUGGCAGGACAGGAGAUCCUGCAGCUCACUGACAGAGCGAGAGUCACUGUUCAACAACGGCUGUGUCAAUAGUGUUGAAGAAUAUAACAAAAUCCAAACAGAGAAAUGCAUAAAUCCCAACGAAGUCAUUCAUGGUGGCAGUGUUGAGGACACACAGGCUGCUGUCUGUACUGGUCCACUAGAGGGCGGCGUUGACGCUGAAUGCUAAGGUGGAGACAGAGGAUCCUGGGUUUUGUUUUAGCUUUUGUUGGUGGGUUUUUUUCAUGGAUUCACUUCCAAAUCAGAAAAUUUUUGUUUUAAUCAUCAGACACUUUUUUAUUUUCUGGAUAAGUCACUGACAUUUCUGCUGUUGUUUUCUUCAAAAACACAUGUUGAUUGAUUGGAUACAUUUGAAGCAGAAAGCUUUGUUUCUGUUGUUGUCUCAGAGAGAAAAACCGAAGCAUUAGAACGCCAGUUUUAUAUUACAUUUUUAAAAGUAAUACUGGUUGUUAUUUUUAUUUAACCAUCUGUUUUGUAUUUAUGAUAAAUAGGUUCUCUACCAAUGCAGAAAAAUCAUGGUUAUUAUAAUUUUUGUACAUGACCCGAAACAACUUCAUGUAUGUUUAUGUAUACAUAUUAUUUACCUAGUAGAAAUUCAAAUUUUCUUGUCUCAGUACUUUGAAACUGAAGUGUUGAAAAACCCCUUUUAGUUUUGUUACCAUUUGUAGACGGAACAUUUCAAUGGCCCCUUAUUUGUCUCACAGUAACCAGUAGGCUCUUGUUAAUUGUAAUACCAUAGUGGUUCUUUCAUGGUCUUUUCACCUUUUAGCCCAUCAGUUGUAGUUAACAGCCACCAGUUUGUGUGAACGACAGUUGAUGCCAUGGUUUGUUUGUUUUUUCAUUAUUUUCCCUUUCACUAAAUCCAUUUGACAUUAACACAUCUGUAAAAAUGAAACCAUAAAAAUGUCUAGCUUUUAUGAACUCACAAGGCAGAAAACACUAGUAGGUGAAUCUUAUAGACAUGAAAUCAUGUUUGUAUUAACAAAAAUGAAAUAAUCUGCUGCUCAACAAAACUACACCACUGUGAGCAAUAGAACAUGCAUGAGAGCAGAGGGCAGGGACACUUAGUCACUGGGAUGGAUGAAUAUGUGGAGAGUUGGACAAUGGCUGACAUGGAGACUAACACUUUUUUUAACCCGUGGAUGUUUGAGUUAGGUGUUACUGAAGUACAAGUGACGCUGUACUUUUAAUACAUAUUGUCUCAGAGGUCUGUGUCCAAUAACUGAUGGAGCGUUUCUGCUUAGCUGUGUUUGUGUUAAUGAUAUAUUACAAAGUCCCCCGGCUCACUACACUAUUCUACACUCAUUUCUACUGUAGUGCACACUUGGUAGUUUAAAAGUAUCAUACUUACAAAAUAGCAUCAAUCUACUUUUUAACCCUGGAUACUAAUGCACAUUAUACGGUAUUUAUAUUUUCCUUUUUGUCUGUGUUUUGUUUGAAACACCGCCACGUAACUCUGUCCUAACAGAUCUAAGGCAAACAGAGACAUUCUCAGGGUCCACUGGAAGAAAUAAAAAUCACCAAAUCUUCACCACUUCUGGGGCCUUGACUAGAAAAAAGGAGAAAUUAGUGAAAUGGUCAAAGUUUGUUUGAAGGAAGCAGGCACUGGUGCACUUUUCUACCUCUCAAUGGACACCACACGUCACACUUCCCGGUGUCAAGACUUGUGAGAUGUUGUCAUUAUUUGUCCACCAGAGGAGUCUUUCACCACCUCUGUCCUCGGAGCCAGCAACAAGUCCCCAGUCCAGUUUGCACACACACGUUUCCACAUGUCGUAGGGACGUUGCCGUCCGGCUGAGGGUGGAGCCCCCUCUAGAAAUGGCUGAAAACUUUGAAGCUGUUUUGCUGAAAAUGAGGAGACAAAGGACUUAUUGGUCUAAACACCCUGUGUUUUCUGUAUGUGUACAAUAUGUACGUACAUAAUGCAUGGAGUAUGUUUAUCUAUGAGCCCUUCUGCAGUUUGCCACAUGCCGCUCAGCAUAUUGAUUCCGCGUGGACCCACAUUGCAGAAUGCACCUUUAAUGCAGUCAGUAAACUUUAAAGUGUGAUCAGCUUUUUCUUUACCUACAUCAGUGGUUACCAACUUCAAGACAAAAACAAACCUAAGGUUAAUGAAAGAGCUAAAAAAGAAAAUUGGGAAUUCUCCUCAA